AGUAUACAAGGAAACACAAGCCAAGAUGCCAUUAGUUGUCCAAGAACAAGGUUCAUUCCAACACAUUUUACGUUUGUUAAACACCAACAUUGAUGGUAGAAUCAAGAUCAUGUACGCCUUGACCAAGAUCAGAGGUGUCGGUCGUAGAUACUCCAACUUGGUCUGUAAGAAGGCUGAUGUUGAUUUAAACAAGCGUGCCGGUGAAUUAACUCAAGAAGAAUUAGAAAGAAUUGUCACCAUUAUGCAAAACCCAACCAACUAUAAGAUCCCAGCUUGGUUCUUGAACAGACAAAAGGAUCACGUUGACGGUAAGGACUACCACGUCUUGGCUAACAACUUGGAAUCCAAAUUGAGAGAUGACUUGGAAAGAUUAAAGAAGAUGAGAGCCCACAGAGGUAUCAGACACUUCUGGGGUUUAAAGGUCAGAGGUCAACACACCAAGACCACCUCCCGUGGUCGUUAAACAGGUGUUUGAAGAAGGAUGCAUCAUUUAAAAAGAAGGUUUGGUUCUUUUUCGAAUAUUUUGUUUAUAAUUUCUAUGUAAUUUAAUUUUUAUCUACAGAAUAAAACGAAUCAAUAU